AUGCCGGUGAAGCUCUCAGACAGCUGGAGCAACCCCAAGUCCCCCAAAACAAGCGUCUCCAUCGCUGCGAACGUCCCAAGGCCGGCUGGGGCCAGUCAUUGCCACCAGACGGACCGCACACACGCGCAGCCGGCGCCAGUCCUCUGUCGCCGGGCCGACGAGCAGCUGGCCUCGCCGGUGCCCGCGCCUCUCCUCGGAACAGAGAUGUCGUCACCGUUGCCGUUCCCCUGGGACCCGGAGUCUCUCGAUCCGGAGACCCUGAAGCGCGUGACGGACGCCUUCCCAAACCACAAGGAGAGUGGCAUGGCCUAUUUCGGGCCGUCACGCUGCCUGGCCGUACCGGACUCGAAGCCGUUCUUCGAGGAGUACUACAAUACGCCGCUGCACUCGGGAGAUACCUGGGUCGUGACGCUGCCCAAAUGCGGGACCACGUGGACGCAGGAGCUGGUGUGGCUGCUACAGAACGACUGCGAUUUUGAGGGCGCCAAAACCAUGCUGAUGCCCGACCGCUGGCACUUCCUCGAACCCGCGGGAAUUACGGAGAAGGGAAUGCGCGAGAUGGUCAGCAAGGGCGACGACCAGCCCAUGAAGCGGCUCUUGUGCGAGCCGAUCGUGUCGCGGCCGCAGCCCUGGUUUGUCAAGACUCACCUACCGCUGCACAUGUGCCCGCCCAAACUGCUCGACACGUGCAAGGUGGUGUACGUGGCGCGUAACCCGAAGGAUGUAUGUAUAUCAUACUUCUGCUUCCUUGGCCUGUACAACGAGACUUCCAAGGACCUUACCCUCGAGCAGUUUGUCGAUCUCUUCAUUGAGGGCAACGUCUUACAGCUACCCUUCUUCCCACACGUUCUAGAGGCCUGGCGGCAGCGCAACCACCCAAACAUGCUGUUCCUUUUCUUUGAGGAUCUUAAGAAGGACCUCCGUGGAAGUAUCAUGAAAGUUGCCAGCUUCCUUGGCAAGAACCCAACCGAGGAAAAUCUGGACAAGCUGGAGGACCAUCUGCACUUUAGAAACUUCAAGAAUAACCCUUGGGUGAACUGGGAGUGGCUGACGAAGACUGUCUGUAACAGCGACGACCCGAACAAGAGCUUUAUGAGGAAAGGGCAAACUGGAGACUGGAAGAACCACUUCACGCCAGAAAUGGACAAGAAGAUGGAAGCGUGGAUAAAAAAGGAACUGGAAGGCACUGAGCUCACAUUUGUCAUGGAAAUUCCGGAAGAUGGAAAGUAACUUGACACAUUUCUCUCAAAGGGUCAACGAUAUUCGUCUCAAGUUGAUCGCAAGCCGAUCCAGACAAGAUGCCCAAACCGGCAAAAAUGCGUUGUUGUCUGAUCAUGUCUCCUGGUUCAUUGUCAUCUUCUGACGCUGCAACAUUCCGGUCCACUUAAUCGCAUUGACAAUGAACUCCACUAAAACUGGUCGUGUCUUUUUAUGUCUGUUAAAUGUCCUGCCCGUGUUGUACCCAUGCUGCAAUGUGCAUGUGUUUGACAUGUUGGAUAUCUUAACGGCGUCAUGAUGGCAUCGGUUGCCAGGGAAAUCCCGUGGAGGAAAUGUGGCAGGGAUGAUUUUUAUGGUUAAGUCAGCCAAAUAUUGUUUAAGUCAUCAAAUAUGCUAUAAAAUAUGCAUUUAUUUGCUACUGUAACAACACAUUUCUCAGGCUCCCAUAUACCAACCUUGGGAAUACGAAAACCAGUCUUAGAAUAAGUCGCGACUUGCGUAAUAGCACUGUGUUUGCAUUUGUGUUUAGGCAGCACGUGCAUCCACACUCACAGAUGGUUUCACACACCUCAGUGAAAAGGAAUAACAACAUACAUGUCAGUUGUGGAAAAAGGAGAGCACAGACAGAACGUGAAAGGCCCAGAUUCACACCGAAGUCAGCAAAAGGUAAAGCAAGCGCAUACGGAUCCAAAACAUCUUGAAAGCGGCAACCAACUGGCAAAAAAAAAAUGAGAUGCGUGAUAUAAGUAGCAAGAACGGUCUGGUCAAAUUCAUACAACGCAAUAUCAUUUGUUUGAGAGACCUUUUUAAGUGUGGUAUGCCUAGCUGCGCUAGCACUGGUGGCACCCUAAUAAACUUGCUCGACGCACAUGCGAGCCGCCAAA